CAGGCAUUGUGAAGCAAUUUUUCAUAUUGUGGGUUUCAAUUAGUAAAGUUUUCUUAAAAUUGUACUGUUUUUAUAUUUAAAACUGCUUAAAAAUGGUUGUUCAAGCCACUGAACCUACCCCAUCCAAUCAGGACGUCGAGAUGGAAAACAUUGAAGAUGUUGAGGUAGCUAAAAAAGAUGCUGAAUUAAUGAAUAUCCAAGAGAUUCGGGAGCACGCUCGGCAGAUUGAUAAAGCGAUUGCUAGUAAGGAACCGCGAUUCAUAUUGCGAGUACUGAGAUCUCUGCCUAAUACGAGAAGAAAACUUAGUUUGGUAGUAGUUCGAUCAUUGGCGGUGCAACUUUAUCCAGCUGGUGCAGAGAGGGACGGUAUUAUGACGUAUAUUGAAGAGUUUCCGGAAGGAAUUCAAGAGCCGGAGUUACCAAGACCUCGCGCUGCAAUUAAGAGUCCUUUGCCGGAAGUAGAUGCAUAUUUCCAUUUGCUUUUGUUGGUAAGACUUUUGGAUAAGAACGAGCUUUCAAAAGCAACAAAAUGCUCUCAAGAUUUGAUGGCUAAAAUUGUUGGUCAAAACAGAAGAUCGCUGGACCUGAUUGCUGCAAAAAGCUAUUUUUAUCAGUCUAGAGUUGCAGAACUGAAUAGUGAUUUAGAAAGUAUUAGAGGUUUUUUGCACUCUAGAUUGCGAACCGCUACAUUACGAAAUGAUUUCGAAGGACAGGCAGUUCUGAUCAAUUGUUUGUUGAGAAACUAUUUGCACUACUCAUUGUACGAUCAAGCGGACAAAUUGGUCAAUAAAUCAGUUUUUCCAGAAACUGCCAGCAACAAUGAAUGGGCUAGAUUUCUCUACUAUUUAGGACGUAUUAAAGGUGCUAAGUUGGAUUACAGUGCAGCACAUAAGCAUCUUGUUCAAGCAUUGCGCAAAGCACCUCAGCAAGCGGCUGUUGGUUUCCGCCAAACAGUCCAGAAAUUGGUGAUAGUUGUUGAACUUCUUUUAGGAGAUAUUCCUGAGAGACAGAUAUUUCGACAGGCUGCUCUACGCCGUUCUCUUGGUCCAUACUUUCAACUGACACAGGCUGUACGACUGGGAAACCUUCAACGUUUCGGAGAAGUGCUGGAGAAUUUUGGUGAUCAGUUCCGUCAAGAUCAUACUUUUACUCUGAUCAUUCGUUUACGUCAUAAUGUUAUUAAAACAGCAAUUCGCUCCAUUGGACUUUCUUAUAGCCGUAUCAGUCCACAAGACAUCGCACGCAAGCUUGGACUGGAUUCUCCCGAGGACGCGGAGUUUAUUGUUGCGAAAGCUAUUCGUGAUGGAGUUAUUGAAGCUACCCUCGACCCAGAGAAAGGUUAUAUGCGUAGUAAGGAGAGCACUGAUAUAUAUUCUACACGUGAGCCACAAUUAGCUUUCCAUCAGCGCAUUAGUUUUUGUCUGGAUUUGCAUAAUCAAAGUGUUAAAGCCAUGCGCUACCCGCCUAAAUCGUAUGGAAAGGAAUUAGAAAGUGCCGAGGAGCGUCGCGAACGAGAGCAACAAGAUCUUGAAUUGGCUAAGGAAAUGGCUGAGGAGGACGACGACGGAUUCUAAGUAACAUACAUUAACGCAAACUAUUCAAAACUGAUCAAGAUCUUAAAUUACACAUGAUAGUUUUGAUUGGAAAUAAAAUGCAAUAAUUAUUA